ACCCCCUAGGACGGCUCCUCUCUGCCCAUUCAGAACAGGCUCCUCGGCGACCCCUCUAAAACCAUUUACUUUGCACGUAACUUAUUUAACAAUUAUGCCACUUUGACAAGGCAAAUGCCAACUUUCUCUGCUCCCCAAGGGUAUUUUUGAUUACUAAAAUCCGCGUUUGAGGUCCUAUACGCCUUUAAGAAAACCCAGGCGUUUCUCCGUGGAGGAAGUAACCCAGGUUUUCUAAGUAGAGGAACUAAGGACAACGACGGGCCGAUCCCAAACACAGGGGGAACCACUUAACUCCACGGUGUCCGCUUACAACGCUCGGCGUUCCCACACGGAAUCCCUCUCCUGAGCACCAAGGGUCCCGAAAACCGGAAGCGGGAGUGUGCACUCUUGUUCGGUGUCCGUCCCGCUCCGGUGUGAGGUCGGUGUGGCCCACCUGGUCCGCCGUGGGGUGAGCGCAGGUCGUGUCCCGGGUCUGAGGGCGCCGCCCCAGCUCCCCGCGCCCUCCUGGUCCCUCUGCUCCCAGAGCCUCGGGCCUCCCUGGAGCCGGGGAGCCGCCGCCGCUUGUCCGCUUGUUUCCUGCGCGCCCCCGGCCCCGCGGCAGCCGCUGCUUCGUGGAGGCCGCGGAGGUGGGACCUGCGUCUGUCGGUGCGUGGACAGGUCUCAGGCGUGCUGCAGGGAGAACUAGUCCAGUCCAGUCAGCUGGGAACUUCAGGCGUCCGUCUUGCACAUCCGACAGUCACAGGGAAGGAUUUCAACUGCUCCGACUGGUGUGUGGACCAAACAUUAUUAAUCUGCCUCCAGACUGCCCAGUGCUCUGCUUCCACUCCCGUCCCUCUUCCUGAAGUGGCUUCUUGGGCUCAGAGAUGACAUUCCCUUAGACUUUCAGAAACUGGAAAAGGACAUGGACUCAGUGGUCGUUGAGGACGUGGCCGUGCUCUUUACCCAGGAAGAAUGGGCUUUGCUAGAUCUUACUCAGAGGAAACUCUACAGAGAUGUAAUGAUGGAAACCUUCAGGAAUCUGGCCUCAGUAGGAGAAGAGUUAUCCAGUGAACAUAUAAUGAUGCGACUCAUGAAGAAUGACACCUGGUCCUCUGUGGUAGAAGUCUUCGAAUCACGUGGCGAUAAAAAUGAGCCUAAAAACCAGGGGAGACAUUUGAGAAAUGUUACAGUGGAGAACCUCUGCGAAAGGGAUGAAGGCGAUCAGUGUCUGACGACCUUCACCCAGAUUGCAAAUCUUACUGGUCUAAAAAGAAAUCUUCCAACAGUAAAUGCUUCUGAACGCUGUGAGUGUGGAAAAGCCUUCUUGGAUCUCUCGUCAUAUAACCAUGAUCGUAGAUCUCACAGUGGAUGCUGUACCUGUCAGUGUAAGGAAUGUGGAGAAGCCUGCAACUGCCCUUCUCACCUAACCACUCCUAUGAGAACUCUUAAUGAAAAGAAUCCUCAAAAAUGUAAGGUAUGUGGGAAGGAUUUCAUUUGUAUCUCAAACCUUAAGAAUCCCGUGACAACACUCACUGGUAAGAAACAGUACAAAUGUAACAAAUGUGGGAAAGAUCUCUGUAGUUUCUCAUCCUUUUGGACACAUGUGAGUGGUCAUAAACGUGAAUGUAAAGAAUGUUGUAAAACCUAUAGUCUUUCAUGCCUCGUUUUACAUGAAAAAUUUCUUAACGGAGAUAAGCCUUACGUAUGCAAGGAAUGUGGGAAAGCCUUUAGGUGUUCCUCCAAUCUCACUAAGCAUACAGUAACUCACAGUGGAGAAAGGCCUUAUGAAUGUAAGGAAUGUGGGAAAGACUUUAGACAUGCUUCAUCUCUCACUACACAUAUAAGAACUCACAGUGGAGAGAAGCCUUAUGAAUGUAGGGAAUGUGGGAAGGCAUUUAGUUGUUCCUCACAUCUUAUUUCACACAUAAAAACUCACAGUGGAGAAAGGCCAUAUGAAUGUAAGGAAUGUGGGAAAGCCUUUAGUCAGUCCUCAUCCCUCACAAAACAUGUAAGAACUCACAGUGGAGAGAAACCUUACCAAUGUCAGGAAUGUGGGAAAGCCUUUAGUUGUUCCUCAGUCCUCACUACGCAUAAAAGAACUCACAGUGGAGAGAGACCCUAUAAAUGUAAGGAAUGUGGAAAAGCCUUUAGAUGUUCCUCAGACCUCACUACGCAUAAAAGAACGCACAGUGGAGAGAGGCCUUAUGAAUGUAAGGAAUGUGGGAAAGCAUUUAGUCAGUCAUCACACCUCACUACACAUAUUAAGACUCACAAUGGGCAGAGGCCUUAUGAAUGUAAGCAAUGUGGGAAAGCCUUUAGUUGGCCCUCAGACCUCACAACACACAUAAGAACUCACAGUGGAGUGAGGCCUUAUGAAUGUAAGCAAUGUGGGAAAGCGUUUAGUCAGGCCUCCUCCCUCACUACGCAUAAAAGAACUCACAGUGGAGUGAGGCCUUAUAACUGUAAGGAAUGUGGGAAGGCCUUUAGUCAGGCCUCAUCCCUCACUACGCAUAUGAGGACUCACAGUGGAGUGAGGCCUUACAGUUGUAAGGAAUGUGGGAAAUCCUUUAGGUGUUCUUCACACCUCAGCAAUCACAUAAGAACUCAUAGUGGAGAGAGGCCUUAUGAGUGUAAGGAAUGUGGGAAAGCCUUUAGUGAUUUCUCAGCCUUCACUAAACAUAUACGAAUUCACAGUGGAGAGAAACCUUAUGAAUGUAAGGAAUGUGGGAAAACCUUUAGUCAAGCCUCCAAUCUCACUUCACAUAUAAGAACUCACAGUGGAGUGAGGCCUUACAAAUGUAAGGAAUGUGGGAAAGCUUUUAGUGAUUCCUCGUCCCUCACUUCACAUAUGCGAACUCACAGUGGAGAGAGGCCUUAUGAAUGUAAGGAAUGUGGGAAAGCCUUUAGUCGUUCCUCACACCUCGUAUCCCAUAGAAGAAUUCACAGUGGAGAGAGGCCUUAUGAAUGUAAGCAGUGUGGCAAAGCUUUUAGUCAGGCCUCAGCCCUCACUACACAUAUAAGAACUCACAGCGGAGAGAGGCCUUAUGAAUGUAAGCUGUGUGGGAAAGCAUUUAGUCAGGCCUCUGCUCUCACUACACAUAAAAGAACUCACAGUGGAGAGACUACUGUAUGUCAAAAGUGAGGUGUUUCAUCCUUACUGCUGUAAUUUCAAACAGCAAAUUUCUGAAAGUCUGCGAUUAAAGAACAUAGCUUCUCUGUGAGUAGGAAAGCAAUAGAAGGUUCCAUUAGAGUUACUUUUUGCCUUUGAGAGAAAUGACAGUUUUAGUGUAAUGCAGGACUGUCCUCUUCGUUGUUACUUUCUCAGUCAAAGCUAAAUUUUACCUUUCUGUAAAUUGUUGGCUAUCACAAAUAAGUUUGCAGAGAAUAGCCUUGAGGAAAUAUGAUUUUAUAUUUGUAAUGUUUUUAAUAAUGUUAUUUUGCAUAUGAUUAAAUGCACUCACCUUGUAUUUGGUUUAUGAGUGUUUUCGUAUUUAACGUGUUUCCUUCCGGUCUUUCCUAUUGUUGAAGUUCACUGUUUUACCCUUAGUAAUUAGUAACUUUCUCUUCGGGCAGUACUUUGAAACUGUGUUGAUAUUCUGUUUGUGAUUACAUUUUGGACUACUAAUUUUGGUAUCCAUUGAUAAUUAGUAUCUAUGGUUACUAUUACUGUGGUGUUCAUCAAAUGUUAUUUUCUGAUCUAGUCAUUUUUCGUGUUGCUUAAUUUGAAUUCUGAAAGUAAUAGCUUUCCCUUUUCUCCCCUUUUCUUAUUUGUUAUACUGUUCAUAACAGUACAGGAGUCCCCAGAUUAGGAAUGAGUUCCAUUCCUAAGCAUGUCUUUAAGUCGAAUUCUUACGUACAUUGGAACCGCUAGGCGUGGUUCAUAUAUAACGUCAAUCAAAAGUUUGUCUUGGCGUGUAGUAUAUCGUGUACCUUUCUAUACAUAAAAAUCAUUAAAGAAACCCAGAGGCGCGAAAACAUCUUAAACAUAAUAAUACGUUAAUAAUAGUAAUGUUUCGAUGUGUGUCGCAAAGUAGCACCCAUUUGUCAUUAGGAACUUUUGCUACUUCAUCAGAUUCCUUCUUGGUACACCCUCCUCCCAAAUUGGGUAGGCCAAAAGAGACCUGCUUGGCCACUGUG